AUGAAGAGAAGAAAAUUUAAAGACAAUGAUGAAAUAGUACGAAAAAUGGUGAAAAUUAAUAGAGAAUUUGCAGAAGCAUCGAUUAGAGUUAGUUUGAAUGUAAAUAAAAUAAGCGUGAAGUAUGCAAAAAGAAUAGGAUUUACUUGGAAACAUUCAAAUAAAAGAAACAAUAGUCAUAUGGACGAUGGUUAUAUUGGAUUUAUUCAUAGCAUUGAAGUUGUCAUUAAUGAUGAGAGGUUUGUUCAAAAAUUUCAUAUAAUGAAAGUCUUACCCGUUGAUGUAGCUCUUGGAAUGCCGUGGUUUGCAGCAUUUAGGUAUAGAUGUAAAUUGAUGAAGAAUGGUGACAAUAAUGUUGAUUUUGUGAGAAUAGAGAAUGGAGACGUUAGCAUGAUUAGUGAGAAGAACAUCUGUAGAAAAGAACCCGAAAAAAAAUACAUGCCUGAUAUUCGUAUGAUGAAUAAUAAAGACCCAAAAGGCCGAGGUAUAAAUGAGAUGAAAAUGGAGCAUAUACCUGUGGUGUCUAACGAUGAGAAUAACAUAGCUGAUCUUGAUGAAAACAAUGUAGAUAAAUAUGUAAUAAAUGAAUUGAGAGAAGAUAAGAUGAAGGGUGAAAUC